AUGGCUAAUGCGGAGUACUCUGUUAUGCUGUCUCGGGUAUCCUCGGGCCUAGCAUCGAUAUCCGGCCACGAGUCGCAGCCGCGUCUGUGGAGCGCCAACACGACACAAAAAGCGGCAGACGACAAGUUCAGCGGAGAUGACGUUGUACCGGAUUCGUUGAACCACUGGGUUUUUCAGCGCAACUCCAACUCAACUUCCAAGACAGAUCCUGUUCCCGACUUCUUCGUAGCAGGCGUACCGGCGGGAACCACAACUGGAGUGCUACGCCAGCAUCUUAUGAGACUCAGUUCUUCCAUCCAGUGCCAAGAGGUGGACCCCAGCGAAUUUCCAUCACAGUGUCCUGGCGAUCAACCCUUCACUGUGUCCUGGGACGUCUUAGACACAAAAGUGCGCAUGUGCGUCCCUGGGGAUUACACUGCCUUUCCGUGGGAUCUCAGCCGCGGUCGUCAGGAGCACAUCGAGGAAAUACACAUCGACGUCAACGAUACAAGCAUUGCCGAUGACUUUGACUCGACAAACCUGAUGUGGGAUACUAGUUAUAGCAUUCGUUGCACGGCGACGACGAUAAGGGGCUAUUUCGAGAUGGGCAAUAACUGGAAUCAUAAUACAUAUGGCCCACUUCUCGAACGGUGGCCAGAUACAGCACAGAUGGCGGAAGACUUCAACGACUGGACCGAUACUAGUCGUUGGGGACCAAGCUGGGAAGCAGUAAAGCCCUACGUCCCUUCGGAUAUAGAUACCUCUUUUGGAGGCCGUACUUCAACUCCUCAAUACGAAAUCGGUUACGACUUCGAAGGCUGGGGCAUACCAGGCCCUCUAAUGACAAGUGCGCUUGCUCUGUUUGGAAAUGGCUCGUGGCUAAGUACAGCCGCUGACUAUCGAUCGGAGAACGAAUACGGUAACGACAAUUUAUGGCAGCUUUUUUGCCGUGGGAUGCCUUUCUUGGAACUUGGAAUGGUGCUAGAUCAUAGCUUAGCCGGUGACACCAAUUUUGCGUCUGACUGCAAGACGGCUGACGAGUCUCUCGUUGAUGGCCACUGGGGGAUUGGAGGGGACGAUCUUUCGUACGCCACGCAACACCUCCUCGCUGCUUUUGCGCCCGCUAGCAAAGACCGAACGUUGAACAACCCAGACAAUCUGCUCACCACGGCCAUGUUUGUGGCGAAUCAGGCUUUCCUUACCUUGGCAUCCCCCGAAUUUGGCCCUGCGAAUGCUCCACCGGCGGGACGCUUGAUCUACGCUUCACCGGGUACCGCUGUUCAAAAACCUUUCCUCUCGAAAACGGCAGUCGUAGUUCUAUCAAUUCUGAUCGGCCUUCAGUUACUUGGAUUGGGUUAUUUGACUUACUACCUGUAUCGCAUCCCGUCCUGGACUCACCAACUCGACGCCAUGGCUAUAGCUCGAAUUGGAGCAAGCCUGCAUGGCCGCGGCGUACUUCCAGCCAUCGGUUCAGUGAGCAAAGACAAUAUCGCUGCUCUACAGACUGUGGGAGGCUUGAUCGGCAUUGUUGAGAAGCCCCCACGUCGGGAUAGCUCAACCACCACAUUUGUGUUCCCCGCAUUGGCUACUACAAGUAGCGUAGAAGCCGAGUCGCAAUGGCUCAAUCCGACUGAGCAGGGUCGCGAAAGCUUACAGACCAGAUCAACAUCACCCAAAGUGGAUGAUACAGAUGGCUCGUCACUGGAGAUACAACGACUCAGUCCAGUUGAGGAAGGUUCUGCAAGCUUCCAAGAUCGUAUUUCAGCCGCUGUGUCACCUAACCCCGAUACAGCGAAUAACUCAGACCCCGAGAUGCAACGGCUCAAUUCGACUGAAGAGCUUCGUGGGAGCUUCGAAGAAGUUAGCACAGGCGUUGAGCUUGGGAUAGACGCGCCAGGACCGAUUCUUGCGGCGGAUGUGCUGCGCCGAAGGUCGCAUGUAUCCGGUUUGAAGAGGGCUUGGAAAGGAACAUUCGAGUGGAGGUAA